UUUCCUGGAAAGCAAAGUACAACAGUUAUGUGGCAAAUCUAAACUUAAACUGGUAUGACUUUUUUUUUACUAGAAAAAUUACAAUAAUGGUGUUAUAAUUAAAGCGGUGAAUGUUCAUUCAUAAGAUUUGUUUCAAAAAUAAAAUCCUAUAGUGGUAAAGCACAGGUGUAAUAUGUUCCUCAACUUAUAAGUCAUUUCUAAUUUUUAGUUAAUUUUGGACCAAAUAUUUAUUAUGAGUAUAUCGUUUCUACAUUUUUUUAUGUAAAAUAUCAGUUACCAUUAGUAUUGUGAUACAAUUUUAAGCUAAUUGCCCAUCCCUACUGAGUAGUUGCUUUUAUCUAAAACGUUUGACUUUUCCCCCCCACAUGACCGGGCUUUCCUGACCAGACUAGAUGUUGAGUGGACCCCAGCUCAAAUGACUUUGGGACCCCUGGUUUAAGUGACCGACGAAGAAUGACUGACAGUGAGCCAACUUGCAAAACACCAGGACCAGUCAUCUUCAGUCACGACUCACUUCUUGCUGUUCAUGUUGGUCUCCAUCAACUGUCUGUCUGUGAUUGGAUGAUGCAUGAGUAUGUCAAAGGGGCUUAAAGUCAGUGGCCUGAUUAAAGUGGAUUACUAGGAAGAGAGGAGGGACAAAGACUGUACCAGCAUCACACUCUGGUCACCACAGCAAUGACUUUACCGUGGAAACACUGUUGCAUCUUUCUCCUCCUACAUCUUGAGCCUUCUUCUACCUGCCUCGAUGGUCAACCUGCUGACAGUGUGCAGCUGUUCACGGUAUACAAGAAAGAAGCUGCAAAAUCUCCUCUUGGCCAAAAGCCGCCUCCUCUCCAGUCUCCAAGUGUUGCACAGAGGAGGUUACUUCAGCUGCCAGGAGCUGCAGUGCCCUACCCUCCCCUCAAGGUAAUGUCCAAUGCAGAGCCAUGCAUCAUGUUCCAGGCCCGGAAACUGUCUCUGCGCUAUGAGAACCAGAAGCAGCUGGACCUGACAGAGCAGGCUUUUUCCCCUAAGAAGACUGUGGACACCAGCCAGUCUGUCUGCUAUCACGACAAGGCUGUGCUGGUCAUGAGGUUUGGUGAUGUAGAAGAUUUAAGAAGCCUAUCUAUCAGACUGCAGCUGUCCAACACUUUCUACGAGUCUUCAGGUCAGUGGUGGUUCUCUGUGAACAGUGUCUCUCUGCUCUACAACAUGUCCGGAGAGGCAUCAUUCAAUGCGAGCGAGGUUUAUGCUCCCACCUCCUCUUCCUACCACUGUCUCCAUGUCAGCAACCUGCAGCACCACAGCGCCCUGCUGCUGCCCAGCAGCGACCAUGCCCACCGCUGGACUGUCACCUUCACCGACUUCCGGAUUCAGGCGUUCAACAUCUCCUCUGGCAGGUUUUCUGCUGCGAGCGACUGUGUCACCCUCCUGACACCAGCCAUCCUCAUGGGCCUCAUCUCUUCCCUCAUCCUGCUGCUGGUCCUGGUCUAUGCUCUGCACAUGGUCAUCCACCUGAAACACAUUGACAACGAACACAAAGCUGAAGUCUACUUCCCACAAAACCCCGAACAACGAAAACCCUGUUAUUUGGAAAAUAAUGCAGAGGAACAUUAUCUUCAGUGUGAACAGGAAAACCGAUUUGAUGCUGACCACUGACACCAAACCUAAUUUUUUACAUUGAUGUUAAUAGUGUUUUGUAAUUUGUGAAUUUCUGUGUUUGUUUUUAUAACAAGUUUCAUAAAAAUACAGAUUGAAAAAUGAAAAUUUGUUUUAUUCUGCUUCCUUUUACUUUACCUUAAUGUGCUAAAUUACUAGCAACCAGGAGGUUUUUUCCUCUUUAUGUUCCAAAGCAGAAAACAUUAAACCUAGGCUGAACUCCCAAUUCUAUGCCGUGAACACUCAAUUUGUAUAAUAUAGUAGUAAUUACAUUUUCGGAGUAUAAUCACCUGAAACUUAGAAUCAUAUAAACAUGAGUUCUAAUGAAUGAAGCUGCUGAGUUUAACUUUUGAUCAUCCCUUCACACGUCUGUAUGUACGUACCUGUUGAUUACAUCUAUGUUUACAUACAAUGUGAUCUCUUUGCUUA